CUCGCGAGAGUUGGCAAUAGCUUCCGCUUCGUACAACCAAGGAAGAGCAAAGAGUUUCAGAGUCUCAUCGUUAGUUUUUCUUUAUUUUAUUAUUACUUAUAAAAAUAGUAUGUAAAAUAUAUAUUUAAAUUUACUGGGGCACCAUGAUCAUCGGUUGGUGCUUCAUCUGUGCAUUUGCAGUGCUGAUAAGCAAAGUGUGUCUGCAGGUCACAGUAGUGGGUUUUAUUGGUGGUUCUGUUGUCCUCCCGUGUUCUUCAACUGCACAUAAUUUUAAACUUCAAGACAUUAAUGUGCUUUGGAGAGACAAACGCAGUGAGAGUAUUUGUAAUGUAAUUAAAGGAGAAGAUUCAGUAGAACGACAGGGGGUACGGUACAAGAACAGAACGGAAACUUUUCCUGAGGAUUAUUUGAGAGGAAACUUUUCCAUCAAACUCAAAAAUCUGACUCGCACUGAUGCAGGAGAAUUCAGCUGUUUCAUCACACACUCACAUGAACUUUGUACUGUACAGCUGAUCAUCAAUGAAACAGCAGGAAAAGGAAACCAAUCCAGUGAACAAGAAAACCAUGGGCCAGAAACACAAUCAGACUGGACGGUCUUGAUCUGUGUUUUUAUAGUAUUAAUUGUGAUCAUUGUCGUGGCCGGUAUCAUGGCCGGUUUCAUGUAUCACAGGAAAAAAAGGUUUUCGGCUGAUUAUAUAGGAGUAACAAUGACAAGUUAAAUGUUUGAACAGACUCACUUCCUCUUAUUUUAUGAGUACAGUAGUCAAUAUUUGAAGUGGAUCAAAACAUUUAAUCAGAGUUGUCCUAAAACCAAAACAAUACCCGUUCUUGCCUUAGGACAACUUUGAUAAACUUUUAUUGACUGACUUCAAAUGUUGACUACUGUAUACUACAAGGUAAAUGUUACUUUCAGCAGAAUUUGUACAGCUUUAAUUGUUUCUUAAUUAAAAUACUGUGCAAAAUACUGUUAAGGCCUGUUGCUCCUUAAGUGUCAGUUGCAUCUGAGCAAAGGUUUUUUUUUUUUUCAGGCACCCAUGUUACAACAAAUAGGAGUGUUGACUUGAGAAGCUUGAACAGCAUGUCAUGAUUAACCCUUUAGUGUUCUAGUAAAAUUUGCAGUACAGUGGAAUGCUAGCAGGUUAAUUGUAUUUUCUGCUGCAACUCGUGUUCCUCAACGUUUCACAGAUACACCAUGAAUCAUUGAAAAAUGUAUCUUACAGUGUGACAUGAUGUAACACUUGAAAUGUGUCCCCACAUUAAGUCCUUAAAUUUGAAGGUAUUGGACCUGGAAAAGUCCUUAAAAGGUUCUGAAGUAACCAAGGUGUGGGAACCCUGAAACAAUGUGCACUGCUUGUUCUUAUUGCAUAACGAUGAGAUCUAGAAAUACUAUAUAAGAAAAAGUUGUUUUGCUGUUAAUCCUGUCAAUAAGUGGCUGCCUUAACAAUUAUGAACCACAAGUGUACUUUCUUUGUGUUGUGUUUGCCAGAAUAAAUGUAUUUUGUAUUCUC